AUGAUUCAGACCAUAGCACUGUGGAAAUUUGGCAUCUGCCUGGCCCUAUUAGUAAGGCUCUUGCUGGGUUUGGCUCAGGUGAAUAAUGGUUCCUGGCCAUGCAGCAGUGAGCGACUGGUAUAUUCAAGCCAAAGCUUCCAUUCACAGAUAGUAGCAAAAGGAACUCAGCUCCUUUACGGGAGUCCUUACGCUACUGUGCUGCAACACCCAUGCAGAAAUAAUUUUGUUGGCAGUGUUUCUCCAGCCAUUUACCUUGGGAAACAGGUUUUUCUCAGUUUUGAUGGAUUUGAGAGUAGCCUUCUGCCCUUGACCAUUCCAGUAACUCUAGCUACCGCACCUGCCAAGGUCAGUGCUGCAGUGUUUGUGCAGGGGAAUCACGUCGUAUUGGCAAUAAAUGGGAAAGUCUUUGUUUAUUUUUAUAAGCCAUUUAAGUCAUGGAAACAAUCAAAAGGAAUCAAUAGUCGAGUUACUGAGAUCACAAAUACUAUAUGCUGCUAUGCUCCAAGCGAUCCUAAAUGCGAUGAUAUCAGUACUUUUGUUUUGGCAUAUGGGAAAGGCAAUUUGAUCUCUGCCAUCCCCAUUUUCUACUCAGAAGACGGAGGCUACACAUUUAAGUCUUUACAAAUGAGCCCGUUGCUGGAUGGCACACUGGUUAGUGCCUACAAUUUUGUUACCUUAUCACGACUUGGAAUGCUUAUCAGUCAGACUAAAAAUAACAUGACAAUCGCUAAUUUUGUAUACAGUCUUGGAUAUAAUGAAUACAGCCACCAAGGAACACCCUUUGACACAGAUAAGGAUGAAGAACAUACGAUUACAGUUCCCCCUGGUCUGAGAGGUUUCAUCAUUAUUCAUACCAAGAAUAUCUUUUUAUUAUCCUCUAACAAUGGACUGACAACAGAAAACAUUGAUGUUUACCCUACGGAAGACUAUCCAAAUGCAUCACUUCCUUUGCAUAGCCAAGGUGUUGUUAAUGUGGCUGCCACCAGCAAUGAGAUUGCAGCCCUCACCAAAAAUCAGAAGCUUUUCUAUGGAAGCCUGGAUAUAGUCUUUUCCAAAAUGGUACUCAUUGGUGACAAAAAUGGUAGUACGGUUUCCACACAUGAAGUGCUGAUGUUUGAUAAUACUGGAAUGCUUACCAUCUUAACCCCUGUCUCCAGAAAUGAAACGGGAUUUCACAAUUUUCACAAAUGCAUCAUCAACUUGCAGAACAGGCUCAUGGAUCUGCACCCACACCUGACACCCUGUCCUGUAGAGAUCUUAAGUGGUGAUUUCCAUGAGAAGAUGUUCUAUAUAGACAUGAAGCAAAAGCUUCACUUUAAUGUCACUUUUGUGCCCAAGCCAGGCACUGGGGCUUUUCCAUAUGUAACUGUAAGCAAUCCUCAUGCAUUGGGAUUUCUGGCACGAGUUAACCAGGAAGGUUAUACCAAAGAUGGGAACAUUAAAUUUAACUUACAGAUUAUAUUGCUACAACAACAUAAUUCAGGCAUGGCUGAGUCUGAGUUUCAUGAUAAAGUUUCUUCAGCUGGAAUGUCUACUCUCACUGUGGAUAUCUACAACAAAGGCAUAUUUUGCAUUGACAUGCAUCCAUUGACAGCUCUUAUUGCAAUGGACUGCCCGCCUACUAAACAUAUAAGACCUUUUAAAAAUGGAACUGUGUGCGACAAAGGACUCUUUAAUAAAACAAACCUGCAGGACAGUUUCAGUUACAUAAUUAAGCAAGAUGUAUACGAUCCAAGAUUCCUCGGGAGACAAGAUCUAGACCAGGAGGACCUUAAUGUUUCCUAUUCUUAUGAACAUCUUGGAUGUCCAGUCCUGUUGUAUUAUGAUAGCCCAUGGCUUCCAACUCUUGAACUAUGGGAAAAUGAUGAAUUUGUGGAAUAUGUUUCUGCAGACUUUGUAUUGUUUGAAACAAACGGAAUGCAUAAUUAUGAUUAUCUCUUGACUGCAUCAGAAGCUAAAUGUAUCUCACAGCCUCAAAACUGGAGCACUAUGUUUGAAUUGCAACUUCAUCCAGAUCCACAUACUGCAUGGUCCAGAACAAACUAUGAGAGCUGCAAAGUGCCCAAUCAAGUGCGACCAUUAGAAUCACCAUCGAUAAAGUAUCAAAUUCUAAACCUCAAUGAAGAUAAUAGAGUUGUAUUUUCACAGUACAAUGGCAUAUAUGUCUUCAAAGUCAUUGUUGUAGAUACAAUAUAUAGCUACUGUGAACUAUCAACCCUUCUCAGCGUCUAUGUGCAUGGUGCCUUCCCAAAAUCUCAGAUAAAUGCAGCAGGUAUGCUGAUUGGUUUUCUGAUUCUCAUAUUAGGUUUAAUUUUGAUGGGAUAUUUCUUCCCUAAAUUACUACAGUUGCAUGGAAAUGCAAAAAUGAAAUUUCUUUAG